CAAGUCAUUGUGAAAAGGAAACAUAACGAAGGAAAAAGCCAGAUUCCCUUCCCUUCUCUGCUACUUAUACUUCAAUAGAACAGCAACAAUGGUGUGAGAGUUCGUCCUCUUCUCGCUGAACUUGUAAAAUGGAGUGUGUUGGUGCUCGCAAUUUCGCUGCAAUGGCGUUCACAGCUUUUCCUUCUCGGAGCUCCCGACCGGCGGUGAAGAGAUACAGUUUUAAGAAUCUUCGCUGCGGUUUGUGUAGUAGAGUCGUCAGAGCUAGCGUCGGCAGCGGAGGAGGAGGCUCCGGUAGCGAGAGUUGCGUUGCGGUGAGGGAGGAUUACGCUGACGAAGAAGAUUUUGUGAAGGCUGGUGGUUCGGAGAUUAUGUUCGUUCAAAUGCAGCAGAACAAAGACAUGGAUGAACAGUCUAACCUCGUUGAUAAGUUACCUCCUAUAUCAGUUGGUGAUGGUGGUGCUUUGGACCUAGUGGUUAUUGGUUGUGGUCCUGCUGGUUUAGCCUUGGCUGCAGAGUCAGCUAAGUUAGGACUAAAAGUUGGACUGAUUGGUCCGGACCUUCCUUUCACUAACAACUACGGUGUUUGGGAAGAUGAAUUCAACGAUCUUGGCUUGCAAAAAUGUAUUGAGCAUGUAUGGAGAGAUACUAUUGUCUAUCUAGACGAUAACAAUCCCAUUACCAUUGGCCGUGCUUAUGGAAGAGUUAAUCGACGGUUACUCCACGAGGAGCUCUUGAGGAGGUGUGCCGAGUCAGGUGUCUCGUAUCUUUGCUCAAAAGUUGAGAGCAUAACAGAAGCUCCUGAUGGCCUUAGGCUCGUUGCCUGUGAAAAAAACACCAUUGUUCCGUGCAGACUUGCCACUGUUGCGUCUGGAGCAGCUUCAGGGAAGCUCUUGCAAUACGAACUUGGAGGACCUAGAGUCUGUGUCCAAACUGCAUAUGGCGUGGAGGUUGAGGUGGAAAACAGUCCAUAUGAUCCAGAGCAAAUGGUUUUCAUGGACUACAGAGAUUAUACGAACCAGAAAGUUCGGUGCUUAGAAGCUGAGUAUCCAACGUUUCUUUACGCCAUGCCUAUGACAAAGACGAGAGUAUUCUUUGAGGAGACAUGUCUAGCCUCAAAAGAUGUCAUGCCCUUUGAUUUGCUUAAAAAGAAGCUCAUGUUACGAUUAGAUACACUCGGAAUCCGAAUUCUAAAGACUUACGAAGAGGAAUGGUCUUAUAUCCCAGUAGGUGGUUCCUUACCAAACACUGAACAAAAGAACCUCGCCUUUGGUGCUGCAGCUAGCAUGGUACAUCCCGCUACAGGCUAUUCAGUUGUGAGAUCUUUGUCUGAAGCUCCAAAUUAUGCAUCAGUCAUCGCGGAUAUACUAAAACAUGAUACUACUUCCUUCACCAAACACAUCAACACCAAUAUUUCAAGACAAGCUUGGGAUACUCUAUGGCCACAAGAAAGGAAACGACAAAGAGCAUUCUUUCUCUUCGGCCUUGCGCUCAUAGUUCAACUCGAUAUCGGAGGCAUUAGGAGCUUCUUCCACACUUUCUUCCGUCUUCCAAAAUGGAUGUGGCAAGGGUUUCUAGGAUCAACAUUAACAUCAGGAGAUCUGGUUCUGUUUGCUUUCUACAUGUUCAUCAUUGCACCAAACAAUUUAAGAAAAGGUCUCAUUAAUCAUCUGGUCUCUGAUCCAACCGGAGCAACCAUGAUUAAAACCUAUCUCAGAGUAUGAUUAUCUCUCAUCCACUCUUGGGUUUGUAUAUAACAAGUUAUCGAUCUAAGGAUGGUAUGGUAUGUUGGUUACUAGGAAAACUGGUUACAUUCGUGUAUAGAAUCUACGGGUCAUUUUUCUUUUUUUUUGCUGCAUUCUCAUUAAGAGUUAGAUUCAAAGUGAUGUAUGUCAAUCACUAGUCACCAAUGAGUGAUACAGUCAUUUAUUUGUAUUGGUAUAUAAUGCUUAAAAUGUUUAAAUUAAAUCUUGAUUCAGGCU